UUAAAAUUGUUCCUACUCCCCAAAUCAAUUGUUCCUUUAUUUCAUAUCGCAGAUCUCCAAACUUCAAACGACAAACACACACUGCAUCUUUCUUCUCUUCUCUUCUCCCUGGACAUGGCAUCCAACGGCUUGUGUCCUUCGAUUAAAAACAUUCUUCUUUUAGAUUCGGAAGGGAAGCGUGUGGCGGUCAAGUAUUACUCAGAUGAUUGGCCAACAAACAGUUCAAAAUUAGCUUUUGAAAAGUUUGUGUUCACUAAGACUGUUAAGACAAAUGCGAGGACAGAAGCUGAGAUAACACUGCUUGAGAACAACAUCAUUGUUUACAAAUUUGUGCAAGACCUGCAUUUCUUUGUCACUGGCGGUGAUGAUGAAAAUGAGCUCAUUUUGGCAUCAGUUCUUCAAGGUUUCUUCGAUGCAGUCACCCUUUUGCUGAGGAGCAAUGUUGACAAAGGUGAGGCACUUGAGAACUUGGAUCUCAUUCUUCUAUGUCUUGACGAAAUCGUUGAUGGAGGGAUUAUUCUUGAAACAAAUGGACCUCUUAUAGCCGAAAAAGUGACCUCCCAUAACAUGGAUGCUGAUGCCCCCUUAUCAGAGCAGACACUAACUCAGGCAUGGGCUACAGCCAGAGACACUUUCACAAGAACUCUUCUAACAUAAUACUCUCAUGAUGAUGUACUUAAAUGCGCUGCUUAUAUUUUAGUAGUUAAGUUUUUCUGUUAAUGAGAGUUGUUUUAUUUUAUCCCUCACCAUUUUUAUCGGUUGCUUUUACUAAGAUCUGGAUUUGCUUUCAUGAAUUCUAGUCAUUGAGUUACUGUACCAUUUUUCUUUGAAGGAUCUUCCUUGAUCCUUCUUCUGUACACCUGAUAUUAUUUUUCCAAUGUAUGGAAGACUUUAAGUUACUCUGA